AUGGCAAAUGGACAGUAUACCGUCGCCUCUACCGCUCAGUUGGUGGGGGUGCCGACUGAAGAGAGAUUCCUUGAUGAGAUCAAGGCUAUGGAUCAUGCGAAUAGGGAGAAGAGUCGGAUUAAGAGGAAGGCGGAAAUCAAGAAGGGCGUUCAGGUGCCUCCGACUUCUCUACGAACAGACGGAAUCCAGGAGGGCACUUCGCCUGGAACGGAUAUCUUUACUCAUUCCCGGCAUGCGUCUUGGAAUGGUAGCAGUCCGACCACCGCCAUUCCGGAUUCAUUGCCCAGGACUCCGCAAGAAGAAGAGCCUGUGCCGCUGUUGCAGCCUGUGGCAUAUACACCACCUGUGGACAAGACAGAGAUUGGAAGCUCGAAGUCGAACGACAGUCAGAGCUCUGUCAAGGAGAGAGCCAAGGAGUAUGAAGCCCAAAUGCCUGCACGUGAUUUGUUAACGACGAACGAGAGCCCGACCGAAGAGGUUGCCGUCGACCCUGAGGCCUCAGCCCAUAUUCGAAGCCCAAGUGGCGAGUCCACUUCCUCCACCAAGCGCCGAGGGAGGAGAUCUGAUGGGUCGGAGAUAUACUUCACUCCCACGGACUACACCAAGUCGAAGAUCUUCCUUUCGAGUCCGCAGAAUAGUCCUACGUUACCUGAUGGCGAGGCUGGCGACGAGGCUACUACCCCGACAGCAUCAACGACAACGAACAGGCCUUCGAGCGAGACAUAUGUCGGCCCAAAGCGGAUACAGUCCUUGCGCACGAAGAAAAAGGAGAAGCUGAAGAUUACCCCUGACCAGCUUGACCAACUUGUCACUGGUCUUGCCAAGGCACCGAUGAUUCAGAAAGAUGUCCGCAAACACUGGUGGGACGUUGAUGAUAUCCCUGAUGAUGAGACGGUGUCUUCGUUUUCUGCCGUCUCGAUCCCAACUCUGACCUCCGCGUCCACGCUGUACUCAAGCUUCUACUCCCACCCGAACGACCACCUCGCAAGCGACCAACGGCCCUCCAAAGAGCGAAGAAAUACCCCCGACGCAGCCUUCACUCGAGGCAUUCCCUCCGCAAAGAAACCCACCACGACACCAACCACCGCCCCCUCCUUCAACGGCAUCGCCCUCGCCGACCCCAAAAUCCACGGCUCCCCCAUCCGCUACGUCUCCUCCACGCACCCCCUCCCCGUAGGAUCCUGCUCCUUCGUCCAAGUCCCCUACGGUGUCGACGUCGAAUGCACCCUGCGCGUAGAACCCCGCUCAAGCAACACCCCCAGCCGCGUUAUCCUCCAAUGCGUCAACCAAGUCGUCGACCGCAAAACCGGCACCAAAACGCACCUCCUCCUCGCCUCUGAAGACGUCACAUCCAACGUCCAAAAAGCCGCCCUAGCAGAAUUCGCCACCUUCACGAAGACGCCCUUGUCAAACAUCGAAUGCACCACCUCCCCCACCGCCCCCUCCCCCUUCUCCUCCCCCUCCAUCGACUGGAUCGCCAUCGCCGACGACCUCCAACGCACCUCCGAAACCAACGCCCUCAUCGACUCCGCCCUUCACCACUUCACCACCGCCCUCACCCCCACGACCGCACACAUGGCCACGCACACGCUGCUCUCCACCCUCGAGCGUAUCAAAGAUCAGCAUUUGGAUUUUAUGAUUUUGCAGCCGACGGCGUGGCGUGAGAAUGGUGUGCCGAGGGGCGUGAGGGUUCCGUGGGUUUCGCAGAGGUUGUGGAAGGAUUGGUAUGCGGAGGGGGAGGGUGGUGUGGGCGUGGGGGAGGCGGCGAGGGGUUUUCGGGAGGGGGUUGUGGGGGCUGUGGCGAAGGCUGAGAAGAAUAAGAGGAAGAAUCAUACAAAUGGCGGUGGGGAUGGUGGGGAAGGGUAUGUGGAGGAAUUCACGACGACUGUGAAGUGGGAGGAUGAGAGGUUGGUUGUGAAGUGUGUGCCGCUUGGGGAUGGAGGGAGCAGUGGCACGGGAGUUGUGUGGGCUUGUUUUGUUAGGGGUAUGUUUGAUAUUUGA